CAAGAGCAAUCAGUGGAUCGUCAGCUUUUGGGGAACACGACCGGCUUUGUUGCGGUCUUGUGAGGUACAGUUGUUUAACGCAGCUUUGAGCUAGUAUGCGAGUGAGCGUCCCCGCGCAAACAGAUCAUCCAUCCAAUUCGGUUGCUUUUUAAACAUCAAGCAUUGGGUCUGUUGCCAGAAGGUGAAUAUUGUAGUGUCCCUUGGCGAAACACUCGAACUUCAACAAUCAACCUAUCAAUAAUAUAUUGACAGAAGUGGAUCUGUCGAUUAUAUUACAGCAUGAACGUUGCCGGGCAAAUGGUUAAGCGCCACCUAUUUCUGAUGUCAUCGUCUGGCGUUCACGGCUACGACUACCUUAUGCAUGCGGAGCAUGACUUGAGCACCUUUCUGCGCAAGCAUAAAGUUCGGCGGGUGCUGUUUAUUCCAUACGCGCGCACUGACUAUAAAGCGUAUACGAGUAAGGUGGCUAAAGUGUUCGCAAAAUGGAAUUUUGACUGCGACGGCAUCGAAACGUUCCCCGAUCCGGUUCAGGCCGUUCGUGACGCACAGGCAAUCUUCAUCGGGGGCGGUAAUACGUUUCUGCUGUUAAAGACGCUCUACGAGCAUCAGUUGGUUCCAGCAAUACGUGAGCAGGUGCUGCGACACGGCACACCGUACAUGGGCUCCUCGGCCGGCACUAACGUGGCGACACGGAGCAUUCAUACGACCAAUGAUAUGCCAAUCGUGUAUCCGCCGACCUUUGAGGCGCUUGGACUUGUACCGUGCAACAUCAAUCCCCACUACCUGGCACCGGUGGAAGGAAGCACGCACCUCGGCGAGACGCGUGACGAUCGCAUCAACGAGUUUCACGAGCACCACGCCGCACCGGUGCUCGGUUUGCCUGAAGGCACCACGCUGAUGGUCGAGGGCGACGUGGCUACAGUUGUGGGCUUUUUCCCGGCUCGCCUGUUCCGACAGCGGCAGGCGUGGCGCCAGUUCCAGCCAGGAAGUGAUGUGAGCUUUCUGCUUGAAUCGCCUUAGAAUUGCUCAACUAUACCCGAUACAGCCCGCGGCAAUAUCUUUCCAAAUAUGGCCUGAAGGUACUGAAUGAAAUCAGCGUAUGAAUUUGAUAAUAUACAAAACGAACUUGCUUUUGCCGGUAAUCAACAGGCAUCGUUCCAGGCAUUAAAUUUCUUCGUGUUUCAUUUUACGAAUUAUUUAUUCAUUUUAUUUCAAUCAUUCUUAAACAACUUUAAGUGUUAGUUGCGAUAGU